AUGCAGAGCAAACACCGCUACAAAGAAUCACUAUCAGGAUCUGGUUGUCCGAUAUGGCCUGGAGAUUUUGAGUUACUAUAUAAGUAUGAAACAUAUAAUAACAGCUACAAAGAAUCACUAUCAGGAUCUGGUUGUCCGAUAUGGCCUGGAGAUUUUGAGUUACUAUAUAAGUAUGAAACAUAUAAUAACAGCUACAAGGAAUCACUAUCAGGAUCUGGUUGUCCGAUAUGGCCUGGAGAUUUUGAGUUACUAUAUAAGUAUGAAACAUAUAAUAACAGCUACAAGGAAUCACUAUCAGGAUCUGGUUGUCCGAUAUGGCCUGGAGAUUUUGAGUUACUAUAUAAGUAUGAAACAUAUAAUAACAGCUACAAAGAAUCACUAUCAGGAUCUGGUUGUCCGAUAUGGCCUGGAGAUUUUGAGUUACUAUAUAAGUAUGAAACAUAUAAUAACAGCUACAAAGAAUCACUAUCAGGAUCUGGUUGUCCGAUAUGGCCUGGAGAUUUUGAGUUACUAUAUAAGUAUGAAACAUAUAAUAACAGCUACAAAGAAUCACUAUCAGGAUCUGGUUGUCCGAUAUGGCCUGGAGAUUUUGAGUUACUAUAUAAGUAUGAAACAUAUAAUAACAGCUACAAAGAAUCACUAUCAGGAUCUGGUUGUCCGAUAUGGCCUGGAGAUUUUGAGUUACUAUAUAAGUAUGAAACAUAUAAUAACAGCUACAAAGAAUCACUAUCAGGAUCUGGUUGUCCGAUAUGGCCUGGAGAUUUUGAGUUACUAUAUAAGUAUGAAACAUAUAAUAACAGCUACAAAGAAUCACUAUCAGGAUCUGGUUGUCCGAUAUGGCCUGGAGAUUUUGAGUUACUAUAUAAGUAUGAAACAUAUAAUAACAGCUACAAAGAAUCACUAUCAGGAUCUGGUUGUCCGAUAUGGCCUGGAGAUUUUGAGUUACUAUAUAAGUAUGAAACAUAUAAUAACAGCUACAAAGAAUCACUAUCAGGAUCUGGUUGUCCGAUAUGGCCUGGAGAUUUUGAGUUACUAUAUAAGUAUGAAACAUAUAAUAACAGCUACAAAGAAUCACUAUCAGGAUCUGGUUGUCCGAUAUGGCCUGGAGAUUUUGAGUUACUAUAUAAGUAUGAAACAUAUAAUAACAGCUACAAAGAAUCACUAUCAGGAUCUGGUUGUCCGAUAUGGCCUGGAGAUUUUGAGUUACUAUAUAAGUAUGAAACAUAUAAUAACAGCUACAAAGAAUCACUAUCAGGAUCUGGUUGUCCGAUAUGGCCUGGAGAUUUUGAGUUACUAUAUAAGUAUGAAACAUAUAAUAACAGCUACAAAGAAUCACUAUCAGGAUCUGGUUGUCCGAUAUGGCCUGGAGAUUUUGAGUUACUAUAUAAGUAUGAAACAUAUAAUAACAGCUACAAAGAAUCACUAUCAGGAUCUGGUUGUCCGAUAUGGCCUGGAGAUUUUGAGUUACUAUAUAACUACAAAGAAUCACUAUCAGGAUCUGGUUGUCCGAUAUGGCCUGGAGAUUUUGAGUUACUAUAUAAGUAUGAAACAUAUAAUAACAGCUACAAAGAAUCACUAUCAGGAUCUGGUUGUCCGAUAUGGCCUGGAGAUUUUGAGUUACUAUAUAAGUAUGAAACAUAUAAUAACAGCUACAAAGAAUCACUAUCAGGAUCUGGUUGUCCGAUAUGGCCUGGAGAUUUUGAGUUACUAUAUAAGUAUGAAACAUAUAAUAACAGCUACAAAGAAUCACUAUCAGGAUCUGGUUGUCCGAUAUGGCCUGGAGAUUUUGAGUUACUAUAUAAGUAUGAAACAUAUAAUAACAGCUACAAAGAAUCACUAUCAGGAUCUGGUUGUCCGAUAUGGCCUGGAGAUUUUGAGUUACUAUAUAAGUAUGAAACAUAUAAUAACAGCUACAAAGAAUCACUAUCAGGAUCUGGUUGUCCGAUAUGGCCUGGAGAUUUUGAGUUACUAUAUAAGUAUGAAACAUAUAAUAACAGCUACAAAGAAUCACUAUCAGGAUCUGGUUGUCCGAUAUGGCCUGGAGAUUUUGAGUUACUAUAUAAGUAUGAAACAUAUAAUAACAGCUACAAAGAAUCACUAUCAGGAUCUGGUUGUCCGAUAUGGCCUGGAGAUUUUGAGUUACUAUAUAAGUAUGAAACAUAUAAUAACAGCUACAAAGAAUCACUAUCAGGAUCUGGUUGUCCGAUAUGGCCUGGAGAUUUUGAGUUACUAUAUAAGUAUGAAACAUAUAAUAACAGCUACAAGGAAUCACUAUCAGGAUCUGGUUGUCCGAUAUGGCCUGGAGAUUUUGAGUUACUAUAUAAGUAUGAAACAUAUAAUAACAGCUACAAAGAAUCACUAUCAGGAUCUGGUUGUCCGAUAUGGCCUGGAGAUUUUGAGUUACUAUAUAAGUAUGAAACAUAUAAUAACAGCUACAAGGAAUCACUAUCAGGAUCUGGUUGUCCGAUAUGGCCUGGAGAUUUUGAGUUACUAUAUAAGUAUGAAACAUAUAAUAACAGCUACAAAGAAUCACUAUCAGGAUCUGGUUGUCCGAUAUGGCCUGGAGAUUUUGAGUUACUAUAG